AUGAACGUCAGCGGCACCGUCGGAGGCGUCGUCGCAUCUCCACCGGCUGUCGGAGCGGAGCUCCGGGCAGCGGCCGCACGAGGUGAUGUAUUGGCAUGCAAAAGGCACCUGGGGGCAGCGCGGUUGGUGCGGUUCUCCCGCGACGAACACGGACGUACCGCUCUCCAUUUGGCGGCGGCCAACGGGCACCGUGACGUGGUUGGGUUACUGCUCUCAGUCGCUGCCCCCAGGGAAGUCGAUGUACCGGACGGAGCAGGGUGUUCGGCGCUGCAAAGGGCGGCCGCCGAAGGACACGAAGAGGUGAUAAGGCUGGUUUUGGCUAGAGGAGCGGAGGUGAACGGUCAGGACAGUGUGCAUGGCAACACUGCUUUACACGAAGCUUCUUGGAAGGGAUUUGGUAGAACUGUUCGACUGCUGGCAUCUGCCGGUGCCAAUCUCAAUCGCUGCAACGCUGGGGGAUUCACAGCUCUCCAUCUGAGCUGUCAAAAUGGACAUAAUCAAUCUUGUAGGGAACUAUUGCUGGCGGGAUGUGAUCCUGAUAUCCAGAAUAAUUACGGGGAUACAGCGUUGCAUACAGCUGCAAGGUACGGACACGCUGGCGUAACUCGAAUUCUAAUCUCAGCUCAGUGCCGAGUCUCCGAACAAAACAAAAACGGCGAUACGGCCCUGCACAUCGCUUCGGCAAUGGGUCGUCGAAAGCUCACUAGAAUCCUUCUUGAAGCUGGUUGCGACAAGACGAUUCGAAACAAGCAAAACGAAACUGCCACCGAUAUCGCCAUGCGGAAAGAUUUGUUCGAAAUUAUGGAUAUUCUGGACGAAAGCGGAGCUUCUAAAGAGGGAAAGAAAGCCAAAGGAGCGAAAAAGAGGACCAAAAGUAAAGUUAAGUUCGACGAAACCGCAGGGAAAGAAUUGCCAUUAGAUCAAAAACCGUGGUCGCCAUAUGGAUGCCAUUAUUUUCCUGAUAGCAAAAAUUUUCCUGCACCGAGGCUUGAUUCUUUGCCCCAAGAGCCAUUAAGAAAAGGAGAACAGUAUUAUUUAGAUCUAGCAGGUAAUAUUUGCAAGGGUCCCAUCGGAGUAGGUUACACUUGUUAUUGCGCACCGUUAUUUAAACACUUAGAAGCACGAAUCGAAAGGGACAAAAAGGAAUUGCAAAAGGCCCACUUUAGACUGAGACAGAGGGUAAUCGGUUUGGAGCAGAAAUUGAAGCGAGGUCAACAGGGUAGACGAUCCGAAAGAGUUCUGGCGACUAGUAAUAGGGAUAAAGAAGUAUUUUUACCUCGAUCCAGGAGUUUGGAGAUGUUGUAUGAAGCCGACAAACCACAAUUAACAACUACGAGGAGCAUGGACGAAUUAGAACCACCAGAGGACGAAACCGCCCACGGUAGACCUUCGGUGAAAGAAUUAGUUGCCAAAAUUCAACAGUUAAACGCCGCCACCGACAACGGCAACAACAGCGAAAGCAGCGACGAAGAAGAUCUCCCUGUAAGAAAAAAACAACCACCCUCAGCUUCGAAUCCGGGCCCUUCUUCGUUGGAAUUUCCCAGUGAUAUCGCUCCUAGGAGCAGGACAGGCGUGUACAGUCCUACAAUAGUGAACAGUGUUACAGUGAAUCAAAAUCCCCGGUAUAUCGAGCCUAUCGUAGAAAUUCGCGACGGUACGAACAAUUUCGGCGGUUAUGUUCAACAAAAGCGCGUCCCGGUGUUUCAGACUGACGUGGGUUUCGUGGAACCGUAUAAAAUACAGUAUUACGAUAACGCCGUAGCCGAAAGACGAAUUUUAAACAGCGCUAAAGUGUAUGAAAGUGACAACGCUGCUUUAGUAACGACAUCUAAUAGGCUAGAAAUGAACUAUGUCGGUUCUAACGUUCCGGACAAUGUCGACAGGGACACUAACAAUGAUUCAGGUUAUUCCACUAAAGUUUAUGGAAGCUCCAAGGGUAAUUCUCCUAGUUUAUGCGGAAAAAUCGACGGAGAAUGCCUUGGUGCUUCAAGUUUAGUAUAA